AUGAAUGACUCUGCUUAUUUUUAUGAGCCAGAAAAAUUUAAUCCGGAACGUUUUAUUGAAAUUAAUAAAUUUGGGGAAUUAAUGCCUAAGAAGGUUGAUGCGUUUCUGCCUUUUUCUAUUGGGAAACGGCAAUGCCUCGGAGAGAGUUUGGCACGUGCAGAGCUUUUCUUUAUCUUUGCCUAUCUAAUAAAAAAUUUUAAAUUUCUCCCUGAAAGUGAGGACACACUUCCUUCUACUAAAAGAAUAUAUGGAUUAACUUGUGCACCACAACCAUUUAAAUGUCGAUUAAUUGCUCGUAAUUGA